AUGGAGGAAAGGAAGGUCAAUGAUUCAUCUCGCUGGCACAAUUUAACCUGUAAACCACCAACGGUUAUUAGAAUAUACAAUGCCUGGGAUUACAUUGAUGAUUGCUGGAAAUACUUUACGGAUAUUGAUGUAAAUGGUUUAAAGAAAAAGUGCAAUGGAAAAUUCAGUUGCAGUUAUAUAAGAAGUAGGAAAUGGAGAACAUGUCACAGUCGGUAUCUGUCUUUAACAAAAAGUGUAAUUCAGUAUUAUUGCGUACGAUAUUAUUCGGAAACAACAACAUCUGUAACAAUACUACCAUCAAGUGAAUCAACCAAGGUUACGGCCUUCACAGAAUCUAAUACACAAUACAGAAAAUACACUACUUCUAACCAACACUCAACAUCAAUUGGUCGGAUGAAUACAAACACGCCUGUUACAAGUACAAAUACAAGGUCAACCCUACAAGAACAUUCUAGUACAUCAAAUGAUGCAGUUAUUGCUGGUAGUGUUAUUGGUGUUUUGGGUGCUCUGGCCCUUAUCCUUCUACUUAUAUGUUUUGUUUUGAAAAGAAGGAAAGCUGAUAAACACGAAGCUACAACUUCUGCUACAGGGAAUUCAAUUGUGUUACGUGGCGUCCAACCACAAUCAACAAGUAAUGAAUCUACAACCUACAGUACUUUAGAAAAUAUUCCUGACCAAAAUCAUAUUUAUGGAACGUUAGGAUCAAGACAGCAAAACACAAACUGUUUUAAUAAUAUCCAUGGUACAGAUGACAGGAAUUCGCCUCCGACAGCCUUAUAG